AUGCCGUCUGCCCGCCAUAUACCGUUCCUAAUGACAUCGGGCAGGGCGUUAUCCACCGUCUUCGUGCGCCCCACUUCGCAACCCCUCCUACCUUUCUUAUACCCCUCCGCCCGAGGGUUCAGUAGCACCUCACCACUCCGCCGGGACCAUCACUUCGAUACACUUAAGUUUGUCGAACGCCUUAAGUCCGAGGGAUUUACGGAGACCCAAUCGGUCGCUAUUAUGAGGGUUUUAAGUGAUGCUAUUGAAGAAAGUAUCCAGAACCUGAGCCAGGCAAUGGUGUUGAAGGAGGAGCAGGAGAAGGUUACUUAUGCUCAAAAAGUCGAUUUUGCCAAACUCCGUCACGAUCUCUCAACAACAUCGUCUUCGGAGCUCCUCCAAACCUCCACACAAUACGAACAUCUCACAUCUGAAAUUGAUAAAUUACGCUCAAGGCUUAGAGAGGAGAUUAACCGUACCCAAGCGAAUGUUAGACUUGACUUGAACUUAGAAAAGGGAAGGAUAAGGGAGGAGAGUAGUGUGCAUGAGUUGAAGAUCAAGGAGACGGAUACGAGGAUUGAGACGGAGUUGAGUCAAGCGAGGGCUCAAUUAGAGUCUGUGAAGUUUAGUACUUUACAAUGGUUGAUCGGUGUGACGACCGGUACCAGUGCUAUUAUUCUUGGUGUGUGGAGGCUGUUGAUGUGA